AUGGGCAAACCCCGUGAUUAUGUUCACCCUUCCGAAACCCAGUUCACACCUCAAAAACUCGGAUGCCUACCGAUCCGUCAAACUCUUCUUAUCGUCUGCGUGAUUGGUCUUGUCGGAGCUUGUCUUUCAACGACACAAAGCACGAAAAACUCGAUCGUUUCCGGAGCAGCUGCAAUCCUCCUCCAUUCGUUUGUACUUUUUGCAGUUUACAAGGAAAACGCAUGUAUGUUGAAAUGGAGUCAACGAUUAUACUUUGUACUUCUGGUAAUUUCAAUUCUCGUUUUGGCUGUUCUUCCGUUGAUGUUCGCAUGCAACAUUUCUUCCGGACUCAUGGAUAAUGAUAUUUUCCGAGGAAUUGUUGAUAAGAACACUCUGAAAGAAUUGCAACUCUCCAGCAGCUCAGAGGAUAUAGAUGAAGGACCUACCGGACCGAAUGAGUUGACACGAAUGCUCAUUAACAUUUCACAAAAGUCAAGGAAGGAAGAAGAAACCGAAAGACGUUUUAUCUAUGGAGUGAUACUUGGACUUGCUUGUGAAAUCGGACUGUUUUUUGGAGCUGUCUUCAACUACAUGGUGUAUGUCAUGAUCAAACGCUUCAAGAACUAUGUGAUUGCAACGAACAAAGGGACAACCAUUGAUUUCGAGAAGGGACAACCAUUGGCUUAA